GCAGUGGAUCCUUCAAUUAUCACUUUUCCUUUCCAGCCUGUGUGCCAUAUAUUGUUGGUAACUUCCAAGCAACCAUCAUCACCCAUAUAUUCUGUUCAGAUCUCAGCAGCAAGCAGCCCAUAAUUUCAUCGUGCUGGAGUCAGUCAAUUCAGACUUAUUCAAUCCUCUGCACCUCCUCCUCCGCCACCGUCUCUACAGUGAUUCCCACACGUAAUUUACAUUAUUUUUUUACCUCUUUUAAACAUUGACUUCUUCUUCUGAAUUGACUCGAUCCUCAUCAUCAGCAGCAGAGCAGACUUCUACUUCUUCUUCUUCUUCUUCUUCUAACAAACUCCCUUCACACUCCACCUCCAUCUUUAUGAAUAAAUCCACUUUCAGAAAACCAAAUUUAAAUCCAAUAUUCCAACCUUUCAAUUUCUUCUUUCCCUAAAGCAAAACUUAUUCUUUAACCAAUUUAUCACUUAUUCUUCAAGAAUCACAUUCUUCUUCGAAAUAGAAAAAAAAGAACUUUUCUCUGCUUUUCUUCUCGAUUACUUAUUAUCUUCUCUGUUUGUGAUUGAUUUUAUUGCUUCAUUUUAGUGUUUUUCUCUUCGUAUUAAUGGCGGUAUCACCGAGUUUUUUCCCGCCAAGGAAGCGGAGACCAUCACCAGGUUCAUUCAUUUCUCCAAACUUGUCAGAUUUAAAACUAGUCCGUUCUUUAUUACUACUCUCACAAGAAAUUUCAAUCAUAAAACCCUUAAAUUAUCUUCAGAAACGUUCGUCAACAUCGAUAAUACGUAAAUCAAAGCUUCUGGUAAUCUUAUUCGAGGAAAUUCUGAGAAACGAGAAAAAAUUCUUACCUCGUUCAGCAAUCCUCUGUUUCGAAGAAAUUUAUAUAGUUCUACAGAGGAUUAAAAGCUUGUUAGAGGAUUGUAGUAAUGGGAGCAAGAUGUGGUUAUUGAUUCAGAACGAAUCGGUUUCGAAUUCGUUUCAUGAAUUGACGGUGGAAUUGUCAACGCUGCUGGAUAUAUUUCCGGUAACGGAGUUUCCGAAUUUGAGCGAAGAUGUGAAAGAAUUAGUGAUUUUGAUCAGAAAACAGUGUUGGGAGAAAAAAUGUUUUGUUGAUCCAACUGAUAAGAAUCUCCGGUAUGAUGUGAUUAAGCUUCUUGAUCAGAUUAAGAAGGAGAUAAUCCCUGAUUAUUCAGAGCUUCUUCGGGUUUUCGGGAGAUUGGGAUUGAUUGGUUCUGGUUCUUGCAAAGAAGAAAUCGAGAGCUUGGAAGAUGAAGUGAGUAAUCAUAAUCAAGUUUGCGAGAAAUCGACGGUGGAGAUUAUCGCGUUAAUCGGUUUAGUCCGGUACGGCAAGUGUGUGCUGUUUGGGGCGUCGACGCCGAGGUAUGAAUUGGCGUCGUCGUCGAGUUUUUCAGAGGUUGUGUUUCCGGAGGAUUUCAAGUGUCCGAUUUCGCUUGAUUUGAUGAAAGAUCCGGUGGUGGUGGCGACGGGGCAGACGUAUGAUCGGAAUUCGAUUAGUCAUUGGAUUGAUUCCGGGCACGAGACGUGCCCGAAAACUGGUCAGAAUUUGGUUCAUAUGAAUUUGAUACCCAAUAAAGCGAUGAAGAAUUUGAUUGCUUUGUGGUGCCGUGAGAAUAAAAUUCCGUUCGAGUCGACGGAGCCGAACGAUAAAAUUAACAUGACUACGAUUAACAAAGCGGCGAUGGAAGCGACGCGGAUGACGGCGGUGUUUCUGGUUGAUAAGCUUGCGGCAUCUCAGUUGCCGGAGACGGCGAAUCGUAUCAUUUUCGAGCUGCGUGUUCUUUCGAAGACUAGUUCGGAUAACCGGGCAUGUAUCGCUGAAGCCGGAGCUAUCCCGAAACUAGUACAGUACUUGGCUUCGGAGAAUGCGCAAUUGCAAGUGAAUGCUGUUACAACGAUUCUUAAUCUUUCGAUUUUCGAAGGCAAUAAACGCAAGAUAAUGGAAUCUGCCGAGACGUUGGAGGGGGUAAUCGAAGUGUUAAGAUCAGGCAAGACGUGGGAAGCCAAGGAGAACGCAGCCGCAACGAUAUUCAGCUUGUCAGCGUUGCAUGAGUACAGGAAGAAGCUAUGGAGGAAGUCGCGAGUUGUAAAGGGACUGGUUGAACUCGCGAAAUCGGGUCCGGUUAGCGCGAAAAAGGAUGCAUUGGUUGCAAUAUUGAAUUUAGCAGGAGAUAGGGAUGCAGUUGGCAGGUUGAUUGAAGGAGGUGUGGUGGAAAUGGCUGUGGAAGUCGCGGAGGCUGUACCUGAAGAAGCGGUUGCGAUAUUAGCAACUGUUGCUAAAAGAGGUGGAGCUUUGGCAGUUGCAGGAGCUAAAGGCGCGGUGCGAAAAUUAGCAGAAGUUUUAAGAGACGGACCAGAGACUGCCAAGGAAAGUGCAGCUGCAGGGCUUGUAUCAGUUUGCAGGAGAGGAGGUACGGAGGUGUUGGCGCAAUUGGUUGCAACGCCUGGAAUUGAAAGAACAAUUUGGGAAGUGAUGGGAAUGGGAACAAUGAGAGCAAGAAGGAAGGGAGCUUCAUUGCUGAGGAUUCUUCGACGGUGGUCUGUCGCGGUUGAAGAUCAAACUGCGGUUGCAUACUCGACCAACCAUGUAAGCACAUUAAGCAUUGUCCAAACUUAGAAUUUGUUGCAUCGUGGGUGAAUUUUUAUCUGUAAAUAACUGUUACAAACCGAAACUCGAACUUUUGUUUUUCUUUUUUUUUGUUCUUCUGCUUUGAUUUGUUGUGAACUGCUUCCCUAUUCUUUUCCUUCAAAAUGUAAAUAGGAAGCAGUUAUGAUAUACUACAAAGAAGAAGAAAAACCUGCAAAACGUUUUGUUUCGCAUUUCAGUGUUGUAUACACAUAUUUAUAUAUCAAACCAAAUUAGUUA